GUGCCCAUGCUUGAUGGCGAUGUGAUUUCCACGUGUUGUGCAAUUUGUGCGCGUAAAAUCUCAUUUACGGUGCUACAAAAUACGAUUACAUAGUUGUCUACGUGUGCAGUAAAGUUCUGUUUAUAAAGAUCGUCGAUAAUAGGAGUUUUCAAGCUCUGAUAAGAAAGGAGAUUUUCCCAACACUGCCAACUAGGCGCAGAGACAACAAUUAGAAAAUGGGGAUGAGUGUUCGAGCCGUUGUGGCUUGUGCUAUACCCACAGCUGUUGCCGUUAUUGGGUUUAUUUUCUUCUGGACAAGAAAAAAACCAGAACCAGACAAGCGAUCGACAAUGGACCCUAAAAAGUCUCAUGUGCAGAAAGUAGAGUCAGUUCUUUCUAAACAAGACAAAGUAGACAGCUUGCAGGAUGUUGCUAUGACAUCUUCAGGAAUGGAUCUAAACCAUGUUGAGGAACCUAUUAUCCUGGCCUCAAAAGCAGUUGACAUAGAAACAGUCCCUUUCGUCGAGGAAGAGAUCCUGUGUGCCGAAGCACAAAGCAAUGAAUUUUCCAUAGCUCCAUCAUAUGUGAAUGACAUUCAGUCUGCCCCAAUGACUGCUACUAAUCUCAGUGCAUUACAUUGUUAUCAGGACAGUUCAGAAGAUAAGCCUGAGGUAGUGUCUGAACAUGAAACCUGUGCUCCUGUAUCAGCCAUGGAAGCAGAGAGUAGUGAUGGACAUUGUGAAUGCCCUACUUCUUUGAAUGGUGCUGAACCUGGGUCAUCACCACAAGAGAAGGGAAGCAAAACAGCAGGUGUAUUGUCGGACAGAAAAAGAGUUGACAGCGGUCUUGAGGAUGUGCACAAUUACGUUGAUAAAGUGGACAGUUCACUUGUAAAACCAGCACCGGAAAGACCGGACAGUAUACCACUCAGUCCAAGACGUCCAAUGCCUGCCGACAGUCCUAAUGAACAUUUGAAUAAUUCUGACUCGGUGUCCGAGGCUAGUGAGGUGUCUAAUGACAGUGGUAAAGGUGCCAGCGUUGCUGAGAACCAUCUGAUCAAUCUUCAGAUGAAUGGCGAGACUCACAUCACCUACCAGUUUGCAUUUCCAAGUGAACUCUGUGGCCGUAUGGUUGGAAAACAUGGCAGGAAUAUCAAUGAAAUUAAAGACCGUUCUGGAGCACAAAUUACAUUGCUGCGACAGCCAUUCACCAAGGAUGCACAGGUCUGUUGCCUGGAAGGCACUGAGACAGAAAUUCAACUUGCUUUGGAAAUAAUCAAGAAGCGAUUUCCUUCAGAUCGUUUCCCUAAAAUCAACUAUGACCAGAUUGAUACCCAACAUCCCCCAGCGCAGAGUCCAGUUCUCUCUCCUGACCUCAUGCAGCUGAAGUUGCCUGCCGGAGUGUCGAGCGAUGCGAUUGUGUCUAGUAUGGUGGAUGUGAGUCAUGUCUUUCUCCAACAGCCAACCCAUCCUUCUUUUCCCUCACUCGAAAGGUUGAACCAGUACAUGAAUACGUGCUACACCCAAGACCUCACUGUUCCACCACUGCCAAAACCAGUUGAAGGUGGAGUGAUAUGUGCUGCCCCAAUCAUGGAUGGUUGGUAUCGAGCCCAGGUCAUGACGGUGACAGAAGACGAAUCAGAAUGUGAUAUCAAGUUCUUGGACUAUGGCGGAUAUUCACGGGUGACUAUAGCUGAUCUUCGACAGAUCAGAAGUGACUUCAUGACACUGCCGUUCCAAGCUACUGAGUGCUACAUGGCUAACAUUGCUCCUCUAGCAGAUGAAGAGGUGUUCUCGAUAGAGUCUGCCGCUAUUCUCGAGGAGUUGACACAAGGUCACUUACUGCAGGUCGAAAUAGUAACGUAUGACGAGGAAUCGGGAAUUCCAUUUGUGAACAUGUACAGAAUGGACCGGGACAGCAUAGGUGUGCCUGUCAGUGACAGUCAUGUGGCAUUCAUCAACCGGGAACUUGUGAAUCGUGGUGUGGUCAGGUGGCUCGAGGCUGCAUAAUGUAGGGUUUUUCAUUGACCAGGAUGUCUGUGUGUGAUGCGAAGGGAGAUGGUUAGCUGCUGGACUUGAAGUGAAGACGGACACUCUUCAGAUACGUACAAUAUUGUACCCGCCCCCUCCACUUAGUAUUGUUCCUGUGUUUGAACAUUUUCUCAUUUUUCCAUACACUUGUAUGUAUUUUGAAUUGUCCAAACCAUUCAAAGAGUCUAGUGGUUGAAUCUGUUUUGAAUUGUGCUGACUGAUCAUGUUAUAGAUUACACUCUCCAUGUUGAUUGCUGUUAUCAUAUAUGUGUACAAUUCUUUUGCGGUUAUAAUUUUGACUUUUUAAUUUGUAAAAUUAUAAUGUACAUGUAGGUUGGCCAUUUUUGAAGUCUGAUUGUACAUGUACAUACUUUUUGGUUUUUGUGUGCUAUGGAUAAAUAGCCAGUUGAAGGCUGCUUGUAACACAUUGCUUGGAAAGGUUAGUUAAUUAUAACUUGGUAUUGACACAGGUUUUAUGUUUUAAAUUUGUUUUUUGACUCUGCCAAGAAUGAAUUUCUGCACUUUAGAUGCUGUCACUUCAAGUGCGACUUUCUCAUAAAACCAGUUGUGACCACCUCAAGAAUUUUUGGAGCUAUGCAAGUGACAAGCGAAUAUAUGUCAAAAAAACAUUUCCCACUCAACAAAAUUUGAAUUUUUAUACCAAGAGUUAAGCCCGUUAGUUGAUCAAAUAUAUUUAUAAACUAUCUCACAAAACAAUGAUGUAACUUUUGUACUAAUUGUAGUAACCCACUUGACUGUUGUGCAUAUUGAGAUGAACUGUAUACUUUUCUAAAAAUGGUGGUGUGGUCUUAUGAUAUGGGUGUAUUGUUGUAAACGUGUGUAAAUAACCUGCAACUUUUCAAAGUCUUUGAACUGCCAUGAUGUCUUCGGGAAUAGUUGUCAUCCAUUUAUCGAAUUGAAUUCGAUUGUUUGUAUUUAUGGUAAUGGCAGUGUUCAUCUGUGGCAUUGUGCAAGUGAUGGUACAGGAGGAGUGCCUCAAAAUAAUUUGGGACCAGCACUGACGAAGGUUGCACCUGUAAAGCGUAAGGGUCAGAAUCCAGUGGUCAAUUAAAAAAGCCAGGCCAAUAACUUGCAUCAUAAUAAAAAUUAAUGAAACGCCUGUGAAAAUCGUGAGGGAAACAUCCCAAUUUCCAGUUGUAGAGGAACCUGAGCUGAGAGAGGUACUGGUACAUCUGAAAACGUGCAUAUAUGAUAUGCGUGUACAGUUUCUAGAAGAACGUUUGUUUUCAUUUUCUGAUGCUUUCCUGAUGCACCCUAUGUUAAUGAACAGAGAAUACUUCGUUAGUGCCGGCCUGUAGCAUUAGUUACUCUGCUCUGUUGUUUCUCUGUUUCGUGGGUUUGGUUCUACAAUGAAAGCAACAGUUUAUUUUUCUCAAUCUUUUACUUGCUUGACAGCAAUUGCCCGAGUCGAAGUAGUAAAAUCUGUAAAUAUACAUAGACUCUUUGACUUUUGUUAGCUUUGGCACAUUUGAUUUUUAAGUUGUUACAAUUCUUUUGUGAGCAUUUUGUUAGUUUUGAACUCUAAACGUUUUUACUUAGAAGCUGGCCUUUCUCUGUUAACAUCUGCUUUAUGUUUUCCUCCAAAUUCUCGGUCAACUUGUUGUUGACAAGGUUAUAUUUGUUAUCCAUGUGCAGGGUCACAGUGAUAAGAAUUCAUAAUAAAACUCAUUUUGUUGAUUGAAAAGGAGAUUUGUUGCUGGCCACUUAGGUAUCUGAGAACUUGUAUGUGGUUCUUGUCAAAUUAUACUCUUGACAUUUACUGAUUUUGAGCCUACUUUAUUAAAUCAACUGAUUCUGUUUGAGUGUUUCUGCAUGAAGUAGUAGUCCCUACAUUUAAAAUGGACCCUUAGACCACAGUGAUCCAAACUGAUCCUUACAAAAGCAAAGUUCCUGCCACCAUGUUCUUUUGGCAGCAGCAUGUUUAUUUGCCGAUUAAUGCAUUUAUUUUAUGUUUGUAUAAGCAUUAUCUAAAUACUACUUUACAGUUGGAGCCAUAGUCAUUUCUCACUGUUCAUGUUCAUAACACACAUUCUUAUUCAACAACAGUUCAUUAUUCCCCAAAAGAGCGGCACUGGGCAUUUAUCAUUUAUUGCAGUAAAACCUUGUUCAGUGAUCCCCAUGGGACCAAAUUCACUAUAUCCAUAGUUAACUGUUUCCAGGGUAGAUUUCAAUGCAUUGUGGCAAUAUGGGUCAUUGAAAACAGUUCAUUGACUUAAAAAAUGACACAACAAGAGGGUGAAAAGUGACAUGAAUCCCAUGUGGACCAACCUCUGGAAAUGACUUGUUCAUUCUUACAUUGAUGUGUUAGAAAUGACAACAUGAACUCAAAUGUCAAUCAAUGUCAAUCAAGCAUGACAGGCUGCUCAAGUUAGGGAACCAGCUUUGUAAUGUUUCUGCCAAGUGCAGUAGUCUCAACAAUAGAUUAUAAAAACAGAAGUCAGGUAUUUAUGGGACUUUUUGCAGAUGAUGUAAUGUGCUAAGAGUGAAAUGUGACUCGCCAUGACAAAAUGAGUUGCAUGUCGCUCUGAGCUUGACAGGUUGAGACGGACUGGUUGUUCCUUUCACUAUUGUCUGCCUUUUGUGAAAUCUGAGCACAUCAAUUUCUUCUAUUAUGUUCUGGUGUCAUUUUAUGCUCAUCUUCUGUGUGACAUGCGACUUAUUUUGCCAUGGUGGGUCACAAAUGUGGACAGGUCCAACUUGGUUUAGUUUGAUGAAAUCUGUUGCCAAGUUUGUUUCUCUGAUCUUUCUUUAGGGCCCUCAGGUCAAAUUCAUGGAUAUGUAGAAUGUUAGUAGCUUAUCAUAUGGGAUCUUUGUAUUUGAUUCCUGUGUACAAGUAGCCUUGUUUUUAUCUUGUUUUGAAGAAGACGUGAGUUUUGAAGAUGUCAAUUAUAUGUAUAUAGAUUGGUUCUGGAGUGUUACUGCAUUAACUGUAGAUAUGUUUGCUUAAUACAUAAAAUGAACAUUGUGUAAACAAUGGGAAUUUGCAUUCUUCUUUAGCUGGAAUUAAAUGCUUCUGAAAAAAAGUCAAAUUCUUUGUUUUUUAAAACUUUUUACAUGGCCUCUUAACCUGAAAUAACCAGUGGUUUUAAAUAUACAUACUCAGCCUCUCGAUAUUUCAAACAAAGGUAGGAGUAUCAAAAACCUGAUCUCAGGAUGGGCCGCUCUAUGAGAGGUGCACAACCUGGCCAACAUCAUGCCUGCCUUGGAGUGAGCUAAAAUAUCUCGGUGAAGUUAUUAAAGAUGGACAUAACCUGGCCAUUUUUCUCACUACAUACAACAAGUCAUGAUUUACUGCCUUGGUCUGGGCUAAUAUCUUUUCAUGCUCCUGAAUUCGAGACAUGCAGCAUAUGCAUCGUCCGUCGCCGACAUCAUGAUCGAAUGCCUUGCACUGAGCUAAUAUCUCCCUAUCCUCUGGAUGACGGGUACAACCUUACUGCCUGUUCACUGUGCCUCUUCUAGAACAGAUCAUUGGGGGAGACAAUGUUCCAAGGGACAUGAGAGUUUAGUCGUUAUGCGCAGUACAAAACAGUUUGAUUUCACAUCCAGCAAUUAUUUGAUUUGGGAAGGCAAAUUAUGUCUUGUAUGUCUCCCUGUAGAGACCAUGUCACAACCAAUCUGAUGACAGUAGCUGCUGUAGCUAACAAAAUUAGUUCGACAAAUUUACUUGCCCAAGUUUCCAAUGUUGAUGUGGGUCCCAAGUUAGAUCAGAAGAAGCUAUCAUUGAUGUAAUUAUGUAUGUUUUUGGUCUGUUUCAGUGCACUUGGGCAGUUGUAGAAAUUUUGGUAAGAUUAAGGUGUAGAUUUUUCGGUGUUUCCCUGAGCUUUACUUUCAACAAGCCGAUGCAGUUUUAAUUUGUAGAUGAUGAAUAAAAAGCCUCAUAUAUCAUAUACUCUAUGACAUUGUAAUGAUACUUUGUGUUUUUGCUAGUAAAUAAAAGUUUCAUUUUCAGUAUUGUCCGCA